AUGGCAUCCAUCGCCGCUGGCCCCGAGUUUCAUGAUGCACCUCCUCCGAGCUUCUCUUCAGCGUCAAUCAUUGCACAAGAUGCGCCAGCGCUCCUUGGAUUGCAUCACGAAGCUCCCCAACUCCACAUCUACACAGCAUCCAGUGCGAAUUAUGAGACCCUGAACAGAGUCAACGAUAGAUCUGUCACGAUUCUCCCUGUAGCUACUGUGCGCCCGACUAGUGAAAAAGAGGUUUCUACAACGGUGCGGUACAUCGCACAGAAUGGCCUGACUUUGGCUAUUCGAAACUCGGGUGUAGAUCAAGGCGGCCGGAAUCUUGCCUUUGGACCUAAAGAUGUCUCGCUCGAUAUUCGCUCAAUGGACAAAAUAGUCCUUUCUGCAGAUAGGCGCGAAGCGAUUAUUGAAGGAGGUGUGAUAGGCGGGAAGUUGCUCAAGUUUUUGGACGAUCAUGAACUCACAACGCCUACGGCCUUUUCUUCCGAGGUUGGGUACGUUGGUUGGGCUUGCGGCGGCGGCUAUAGUUCGUUGAAUGGUAUAAUGGGUUUGGGCGUGGAUAACAUCCUUGGAGGAAGAGUUGUAUUGGCUGAUGGGAGAAUCAUGGACACAGACGAAGCCGGCUGUGAUCCCGAUCUACUGUGGGCGCUUCGUGGUGGCGGCGCUGGUCUUGUCGGAGUGGUCACAUCUCUUCGUGUUCGUGUGUACCGCCGCCCAGAUUGUUUGGCCGGGAAUAUCGUCUUCCCGUUGACAGAAGCGCCUCAAAUCGGCCGGCAACUGAAUCAACUAUAUGCAUGGAAGAAACCUCCCAAGUUUGCGGGCGAUGUUGCUGUCAUCGAUCCAACUGGGGCCGGCGCUAUAUUUUCCUUUCUAUUCUUCUGGGCUCUGGAGGAGGACCGCAGCGACCUCGAGGAAGCAAAGGAAUACCUCGAGCGGGUUCUCAAGUUUGGAACCGUUAUAGCCAAUACUGCCAAAGAAGGUGAGUUCAACUUUGCUACUCCGUUUCUCAUAGGUUCUACGGGGAAUACUGACGGAAGAAUAGCAACCCCUCACGAAUUUCUAGUGUCAAUCCCCCAACGUCCACUUCACGACAACCUCAUACAUUUUCGACUGACAGCUUCAAUACCUAACUGGUCAGAAGAGCUGGGGCGCAUCAUAUCGGAGCCGAUGCCAACGGUUUCAUCACUAAUUAUUAUGCAUGACAGCCACGGUGCUGGAACCGGCUCGAGCGCCGUAGAGAGCGCCGUCUUUGCCAACCGUGAGCCGCAUUUGAUGUUUGGGUUUUUCGCAGCAGCACCGCCAGAUGAUCAAGAGGGGCUGAAGAAAUCCAAAGCAUGGGCACACAGAUUGAUGGAAAAUGUUACAAAGGCAGGACUUGUUAUGCCGACUCGCUACCUCAACUUCACUCAUCCCCUGAAAGGCGAUGGAUUCAGCUAUUACGGAGCGCAGGGACUGAUUCGCAUCAAGGCAAUUAAAGGCCGACUUGAUCCCCUGAACCUGUUUACUAAGAAUACGCCAGACUUGGCCGAGACACCGGGUGCUUAA